AUGGAUCUAUUUCGUUCACAACUUGUAUAUUCCACAGUAUCGUUUGAUAAUCUUGAUUCAUUACCUCCACCAGCAUUUACUUUAUGUAGUGAUAAUAUUUCAUAUAAUUUUAAUUGCACCCUUUAUGGUAAUACUUCAUUGAGCUGUCCGGAAUUAAUAAAGUUUGUCAAUGUUAGCAAUGAUGAUACUUAUAAUGGUUGGUUUACUGGGUGUUAUAUCUUUCAUACACCUUCUUCACUUCUACUCGCAAAACCGGAGAUCUCAACGAAAAAAUGGACUGCUUUUCAAUCUGCUUUAUAUAUAAGAUAUUCUUUCUUUAAUGCAUCAACAAUUUCUAAAAUGCAAUUGAUGAUAUGGAAUUCAUUCGAUUUAUCUGAUAAUGAAUUAUCAAGUAAAACAAUAUUAAAUCCUUAUCGUUUAAAUCAAUAUGAACCAUGUAAAGAAAGAGUUUUUACAUUUCGUUAUAAAAGACAUAUAUUUUUGAAUGGUACUGAGAAAUGGGAUAUGAAUUAUCGAUCAGAACUUGGAAUAGGAUCAAAUGCUUUUGGAACUAAUAAAAGUGCUACUGGUGUAAUUCAUUUUAAACCCGCUGUAUUGUAUACAACUUAUUAUUCUUGGUUAGGUGGCCCAAGUAGAUAUAGAAUAACUGGUUUGGCACAUAUGAUCACAAGAUAUUAUCCUCAACAACAUAUUAAACUUCCUUCAUAUAAUUCAUAUAAUUCAAGGGCUUUAAAACCUAGUGCUGAAGAUAUUUUAAAAGCUUAUUUGGAUUUCCGCGAUCCUAUAUGCUAUAUAGCAUAUAUAACCACACUCAACAAGAAAGAAGAUACCUUCCCUCGUGAUUUAUCUCGCUAUAAUUUUCCAGAAGAGAAGCAAAACAUUAACCGAUACCCUCGUUAUAAUGUUCCAGAAGAGAAGCAAACCAUUAACCGACAUACUCGUCUUAAUGUUCCAGAAGAGACUCAAAACAUUAACCACACAUCUCUCUACGAAACUCAAAAACAAUUGAAAAAAACUUAUUCCAAUCCAAAUUUAAGAGACUUCCCUGAUACUAAGCCGACUGCGAAACGUGCAACUAAUAAAGAUAAGAUCGAAUUUUUGAAAGAGUUUUCUUCACAAUAUGGAUAUAACGGAAAGAUUAAUGCAAUCCGCCAGAAUGAAUAUUCUCAUAUGAAAGGAGCGGUAUAUUUGGAUCAUUCAGGUUCCACCACUUACGCAAAAUCAGUACUUACCUCAGUGUGCAACGACCUUUCGCAAAAUCUCUUUGGAAAUCCUCAUUCAGAAAAUCCAAGUUCUUCAUUGUCAAGUCACAGAGUAAGCCAAACUCGUGCACGCAUCUUAAAACAUUUUAAUGCUAGUCCUGACGACUACGAAGUCGUUUUUACCCAAAAUGCUACGGCUGCAUUAAGAUUGGUGGGAGAAACAUUUCCAUGGGUUGCGGGAAAAAGUUCAUUCAAAUAUUUAAGGGAAUCUCAUAAUAGUUUGUUGGGAAUAAGAUCGCUUGCUGAAGCUGCAGGAUUAAAUGAUAUCACUGUUAUCCUUGAAAGUGAAGUGGAAGAUCUUAUUAAUCGAAGAUAUUAUAAAUAUAUUGAGGAGGAUGAUGAUGAUGAGUUAGUCUACAAUCUAUUCGCAUACCCCGCUCAAUGCAAUUUCUCUGGUCAACGAUUUCCUCUUAAUUGGUCACAUAGACUCAAAAAAAAUGUAGACACACCAAAAUCAAAACAUUUGGUAUUAUUAGAUGCAGCAGCUUACGCCAUGACGGCAAUGUUAUCAUUAGCCAAUAAAGAAACUUCUCCUGAUUUUGUGGCCAUAAGUUUUUAUAAGAUUUUUGGAUUUCCUACAGGUUUAGGUGCUUUAUUGGUCAAAAAAGAACUACUUCCAAUUUUAAAAAAAAAAUAUUUUGGCGGUGGAACUGUACGAGCGGUUGCCUAUGAUCGUCCAUGGCAAAGAUUCCAUCCAACUGUCAGCGAACGUUUCGAAGAUGGCACCAUAAACUUUUUAGAUAUCAUUGCUUUAAACCAUGCAUUCGCUGCACAUGAACAAAUCUAUUUCAACUUUAGUUUAAUAAAGCCACAUGUUACCUCCUUAAUAGUUUUUCUCUCUCGCCGUAUGCAAUCAUUUGUGCAUUGGAAUGGAAUUCCUGUUUGCGAAAUUUAUACCGAACGUGAAUUUACUGACAAUACACGACAAGGACCAGUAAUAAAUUUCAAUGUAAGAAGGGCAGAUGGUAGUUGGGUAGGAACCGCUGAAGUGGAAAGAAUGGCUAGUGCUAAUGGAAUCCAUAUACGAGUAGGAGGGCAUUGUAAUCCUGGUUGUAUUGCGAAGUGGGUUGAUAUUACUGUGGAUGACGUUAUGGAUACCUAUGCGAAAUAUGGGAUGGUGUGCGGAAAUGGAGUUGAUUAUAUUAAAGAUAAACCUGCUGGAGGAGUUCGACUUUCUCUUGGACCAAUGUCAACAAUCGAUGAUGUACUUGCCUGGCUUCAUUUCUUCAAAAAUUACUAUGUUGAUUCGACUGUACCAGAAGAUGUUACAAAACAAAACGUUCAUCAACAAUUAUCUCCGUUAUCAAAAAGACCAAGUUUACGAAAUUCUGUUUCUAUGCAACAAUUAGCUCCGAAAUUAUCCCAAAAAACUAACGUUCCACAAAUUGUUUCUGAUGGUUCUGAUGAUUCGCGAACUUCGACUGAAAUGCCAAAAAAUUUAACACGAAAAGCUUCAAAAAACUCACUAAGGAUAAACACGAACAAAUAUCCAACGCAACGAAUUUAUCGUUCACCUGAAUUAAUAAAAAGGUCAACUUUGUCAUCAGCGUGUUUACCUGAAGAAGUUGAAUUAUUGACUAAACAAGGAUUUUUGGCUAAUACCAUCACAGAAAACUAUCAAAUGCUCUUUGAGGCUUAUGAUUUUUACAUUAUUUUUCAAGAACCAUUAUCAGCUCCGAUAUUUUCAACUUUUGGUAGUGGAACUGAUUCACAGAUGCAAAAAGAAAAACAAGGAAACAAUACGGAAAGAGGAGAUAUUGAAGCUCAACAACCAUUUUUUAGUCAUAGAUAUUUCUUGGACGAAGAAAAUGACCCUACUUAUGUGUGUUGGUUUACAUUAUUUUGUUUUGCUAUUAUAGCCAUUGUUAUCGUUGCUAUUUCAAUUGUAUUUGCUGUUGACAAUAAUACAAAUAGUGAUAAUUAUUUGGAACAUAAAAGUUGUCCUCCAUCUGAUAGCUUUCCAUGUGAAGAAGCAUAUCUGUAUGAAAUUUGA